AUGUCUUCACAAGCCCAUCAGACAGUCCCAGAGCACGAUCAUCAAGAUGCAAUGACUGUUGAGGAACUUGCGAGCAACAAAAGUAGUGCCUCGUCUUCAAGACAGCCCAAUGCAUUCACAGAAUUGAUGGCAGGAUCAAAGAAAACAAAACCCUCAGCCACCUCUACUACACCCACUAAACCUUGGGAGAGGGCGAAAAAGACUGUAGGCAGACUGGACCCACGCAACGGACUAGGAGUCUACAUUGAUCAUCCAGAAUCGAAUCCAGAGGGUAGAGUCAUUGAAUACGACGACGAGUUCGUGGUGAUCAAUGACAAGUUUCCGAAAGCAAGUGUGCACCUUCUCCUCAUCCCUCGAAAACCAAAAUACUACAAUGCGCAUCCGCUGCAUAUUCUAUCUACGGACGCAAACUUCCGCCGUCAGGUAGAGGAACGCGUUGCGCGGCUAGAACAGCUCGCUGCAUCAGAGCUCCGCCGACAAUAUGGACACUGUAGCAAGUCAGACAGCGUGUAUCAAGUGGCCUUGGAAAAACUGAUGAGCUCCCCAAACCCUCCGCCAUCGACAGAAGAACGGGAUGCGCUGCUUCCGCCUGGUCGCAACUGGCAAUCCGACAUCGUCAGUGGAGUACAUACGCACCCUUCGAUGAACCAUCUACACAUUCACAUCAUCAGCAGAGACAUGCAUUCACCUUGGCUCAAACAUAAGAAGCAUUACCUGAGCUUCAACUCCUCUUUCUUGGUCCAGAUCAAGGAGUUUCCCUUGCCAGAAGGAAGUGAGCGCUUCCAUCCGGGCAAUUGGCCGAGUUGGAACAUGAAAUGUUGGCGAUGUGGGGAAGACUUCAGAAACAAGUUUACAGCACUCAAAGUACAUCUCGAUGACGAAUUCGAGGAUUGGAGGAAAGCGUGA